GGAUAGCAAUAAAACACGGGGAGGAAACGGCAAAAGCAUUAAGCGAGCAAGCUCCCUAUUUAACCAUCUGUUCCUCCGGCCAAUCCUUCACUGAAAUCAACCGCUAAGAGGCAUCUCCGACGCCGUUAUCGUGCCCCAUCGGCUAUUCCUAAUUGUAUGUCUUAUCUCAAAUUCAUCUACAACUUUUCUCGAUAGUGAUUGAUUAUUUCCUCUCAGAAUUUCUAGGUUUUAAGUCUAAUUAUAAUGAGGAGAGUUUGUGCAUAUUUAUUUUCUCCCAAAAGAAAUCAUCUUCUUUCUUCUUCUUCUUCUUCUUCUUCUUCUUCUUCUUCUUUUAUCGCAUUGUUUAAUGGUGUUAUCGUCAGAAAUGUGGGUCCAUCUCAUGUUCCGAAAAGCAUGCUGCUUCCUGGAUGUUCUUGUUUAAAUUUGUUACCCAAAUCAUUACUUGCCUUAAGUUGUUCAUCUGUUAUUGUUACUUGUUCUACUACUGUGCGCUCUUAUGGUUCUCUGUUUGCUUUCUUGGAACAAAAAUCUGAGGAAAGAAAUGAUGUUAGAGAUAGUGUUGUUAACAAGGUGUAUGCAACUGUUAUGGAGGGCUCUAUUGAUAUGGAGAAAGCCCUCGAUCAACUCGGUUUAGAAUUGACCACUGAUUUGGUUGUUGAGGUACUCCUUAAGCUUCGUUUUGAGGAAAAGAUUGCUUUUAGAUUCUUUAUGUGGGCAGGGCGCCAACAAAACUAUGCCCACGAGCCUUCUGCUUAUAAUGAAAUGAUUGACAUUCUCUCUAGUACAAAAUACAAGGUGAAACAGUUUCGAAUAGUUUGUGAUAUGCUGGACUAUAUGAAGAGGAGUAACAAGAAUGUUGUGCCUGUUGAGGUUUUGUUGACAAUUUUGAGAAACUACACGCAGAAGUACCUGACGCAUGUUCAGAAAUUUGCCAAGAAAAAGAGGAUAAGGGUGAAGACACAACCAGAAAUAAAUGCUUUUAACUUGCUAUUAGAUGCUCUGUGCAAGUGUUGCCUAGUUGAGGACGCAGAAACAAUGUAUAAGAGGGUGAAGAACAGGGUGAAGCCUGAUGCUACUACAUACAAUAUACUGUUUUUUGGAUGGUGUAGAGUUAGGAAGCCAACUAGAGGAAUGAGGGUUUUGGAGGAAAUGAUCCAACUGGGUCAUACCCCUGAUAGUUUUACAUACAAUACUGCCAUUGAUGCAUACUGCAAAGCAGGGAUGGUGACAGAAGCAGCUGAACUUUUUGAGUUUAUGAGAACAAAAGGUUCGACAUUGUCUGCCCCCACUGCAAAAACUUAUGCAAUCAUGAUUGUGGCACUUGUCCAGAAUGAUAGAAUGGAUGAUUGCUUUAAGCUUCUUGGGCAUAUGAUAAACAGUGGUUGCCUCCCUGAUGUUUCAACUUACAAAGAAUUGAUUGAAGGAAUGUGUUUGUCUGGAAAGCUUGAUGAAGCUUAUAUAGUUUUGCAAGAGAUGGGAAACAAAGGUUAUCCUCCUGAUAUAGUUACUUACAACUGUUUUCUAAAGGUCCUUUGUGAAAAUGGGAAGAGUAUUGAAGCACUUAAGCUAUACGGAAGAAUGAUAGAGGUGGGUUGUUUGCCUAGCGUACAGACUUAUAAUAUGCUGAUUUCCAUGUUUUUCAGGAUAGGUGAUCCUGAUGGGGCAUUUGAGACCUGGCAUGAGAUGUAUAAGAGAGGCUGUGCUCAGGACAUAGAUACAUAUUCUGUGAUGAUUGAAGGACUUUUUGGUUGCAAUAAAGUAGAGGAUGCCUGUCUCCUGAUAGAAGAUGUUGUGAAUAAGGGAAUGAAAUUGUCCUAUAAAAUAUUUGAUUCCUUUCUGAUGCAGCUUUCAGAGAUUGGUGAUCUCCGAGCUAUCCACAAACUGUCAGAGCACAUGAGGAAGUUAUACAAUCCUUCUAUGGCAAGACGUUUUGCACUAAAUGAGAAACGUAAGAGCAUGAGCUUUAGAGAGACUAAGAAGAUAUGAAUGAUAUCCUUGUUUUAUCUAUCUUAAGAUGGAAAAGAAAUCCAUAAUUAUUUCAGUGAGUGGAGCAAUAACUUUUGGCAAUUUAUAUUUCCAUUAGUGGGGGAAACACCAAGAGAGCUGUCUUGAAAUCGGGAUAAUUGUUCCACAGCCACCUUGUGCAGUUGUGCUGAAGUGACCUCAAUUGACUAAUGAAAGAAAUACCGAAUAUUUUUCUAUGAUAGAUUACCAGUGAAACAGGUGCUUUGUCUUCAGUGGACACAGAUCAUAAGAACUGAGGAUGAUGGAACUACUACUUGUUUUAAAGUCAAAGCAUCUUAUGACAUAAAAUUCAAUUUGACGGAUACCAAUUAACAAGAGAGAAUAUGGGAUGCAUUACAUGUGUUUGGAAAUCUGAUGGUCCUCUAGGAGUUGCUUUGCAGUCUGUGCAGUCUCUGGACACUGAGGUCAUACAGGUGUGGAGCCAAGUGUUGCAUAAGUACAAACAAGCCAUGUAGAGGAGAUGGGAGGUCAGAUUAGUACACACUAGUAGCUAUAGAGUAGAGGGUGAAGGAGUUGUCUGGCUUGUUGUCUCUGAGCGGUGAAGGUGUAGCCUCUAGGGAUCAGUAGGCCCCAUUUGUUCGCUUUUGGAAUCUGGGCUUAGGCCUAGGCCUUCCAUUCUUUAGAAGAUAGGAAAACGAAAAAUUAAACAAACGAAGCUCUCGCUCUUAGUUUCCAUAGUCCACUUUGGUCGGCGGCUGGCAGGCAAAACGCCAAGCAACACUAGACAGCCUCCCAUCCAGCACACCCAUUAUUCAAUGAGAUCAAUUCACGUCAUCUAUUUCUUGUUGAUUCAUAUAGGGAAAACAAUGACAUUUUUUUAAUAAAUAGUGACACUUGUUUACAAUUUGUUUAUUCCUUUUAUUAAUUUUUUUUUUUCAAAAGAGAACAAAGAAACCUCAAAUAUUGAGAUUUUUUCUAAUUGAGACAUA